CGAACGCGCUCCUCGCCAUUUGAAAGUCACCUUUGGGUUAAAAUCGGGCGCUUAUUGCGUGGCGGGCCGGCCCUACGAAGAUUGCCGAACCUCACCGGAGUUUGCCGAAGGGCCUGUCGCGGCUGCAUUCCGGCGACAUUAAUGCGAACCGCUGGUAGUAUUGGCAAGCCACAAAAAAAAACCAAAUGCUUCUUAACAGUCGGCUGGUUGACCCCGACCUCCGUACAUCCGUUUGAAAGUCAUCGGACAGGGGCGCGCGGAGGGUUAUCCCCGGCCGAAGGACGUGUGCCACGUUCGCAACUCUCGUGAGAGCCGGGGCGCCGUGUGGACGAGGACGGCGCAUGCCGAGCAGCCCGGGGCCCGUCACCGUGCAGAGCGGGCGCGAUGUUUCCACGGAGUCCGGCGCCGAGAUGCCCGUAGAGCUUGGCCCGAACAUUCGAAGUUAACGCCCCCGCUGGGACCAUGGCGGCUUUUAUUAGGUCUGCACGUCUCGCAUCGAGCGCCUUGGCCGGAGGGGACCGAAACGCUGGGCCUUAUAUGGCGAAGGGAGCAGCGCGCCGCAGUUCACUGGACAGAAUCGCAUGACGGACUCUUGUUACCAGCAUGUAUUCCAAACUGAGGCCCAGUGUGUUAAUCCAAAAAGAUCACGUAAUGGCUCACCCGUCAGUUAGAAUCAAAGGGACAGAGCACAGCUACAACCCCGUGCUGUGUCAAGACGACAAGUGUCAGGCCAGCUCCAAAGGCAGCCACAUGCACUGUCCCUUCUGCAGCGUCACCGAGGCCUACCAAGACCCAGUGAUCCUGAGGGCACACUACCGAGUCAAGCACGUCGAUAAGGGGAUUGACUUUGCAGGUUUAAAGGUUCUCCGCUGCUGCAAUCACUGCGAGAUUGUGGGUACUAUUAAGGGUGAAAAGAAAUUCAAAGGGGCUCACUGGCACUGUUACCGGUGCCGCAAUGGCUUCAACAGGCGGGACGAGGCAGUGAAGCACUAUAAAACUCACUUCAGGAAUCCGCACACCACCUUUCAGAUCCAAAUCACUCAGGAGGUUAACAGCCGACAGUAUUACGAGCAGAGUGCCGAAGCCCACGCUAAAGCCUAUGGAGGGCUCACCAUCACGGCUGGCACGAACGGAGACUACAGCAGCAUCGGCUCGGUUUUUGCCCAAACCGUCAUAUCUUCAGCAGCUGGCACGGAGACGUUCCUGACUGAUGUGUCCAAGGACAGCAGUGUGAAUAAUGGGAUAACAGUUGGCGCAGAAGAGACUGUGGGACCAGCUGCUCAUUCGUCGAGAAGACAAACGCUGAUCCUCAUGGACUCUGAUGACGCUGGAAAUAUGGCGUAUGAGGAUACAGGCAGCCUCGUCACCGAGACGGUCGGAGAGGCUGUGGAACAGAAUUUGCUGCUGGAGAAGCAACUUAUCGAACUUCAUCAACAGAAUCAAAGCCUGCGGCUAGAAAAAGAGGAGACGGAGAAGAGGCUGAGAGCAGAAAUCCAGCAACUCAAAGAUCAUAUGGCUGGUCUCGUACAAGCAAACGUAAAGAUGUUUGAGGAACUCCAGCUUUAUCGUGCGGCUGACGACACAGAGCACAAGAUUGCUAAAUUGCUGGAGACAAUGGAGAGGCAGCACAGCGACCUCCUGCACACUCAGCUCGCAUGCUUGAGAAAGGAAGUGCUGCGUAGUUCGAUGCCACUGACCGUGAACGGGGACACAGAGACUCUGCGCCUGACUCUGCCCCAUCAUAACGAGAACCACGGCGGCCAUGUCAUCUCCCUCUUGGAGUCCCCUCAUUGCACGGGGCGGGAGGCAGAAACGGGCGGACUGGCGGCACUGGAGAUUGUGGAGGUGCAGCUCGAACCCGCUGCCGAUCUGCACAAGGCCGGCGGCACAUCGGAGCGCCCUUACCACGUGGAGGACGUCCCGCCACAGAGGACUCUUGUCACGGAAAAACGGAAAGCUGCGGAGCGUGCCGAGGUGGGAUGUAAAGCAAAAAUACAGAAGGUGAUCGGAAGCUAAAAUAGGAAAUGCACACACACACUGUCGCAGUCUGGACUGCCGUCUUCUUGACUGAAACACCUUUUUCUGUUUUGAUUUUAUACGUUAUAGCCGACUGAUGUCCAUUUUUUUUAAUCAGUCAUUCUCUGAAGAAAAAAAAAAAAAGUAGAAUUUUUCUUAUGAUUACUACGUGUAAAUUAGAGCCUUUUUAUCCCGUUCCAAGUCUUAUUUCUUUAUAGCACCGUUCCCCGUGAGGGAGGCCAAACGAGAACCCUUUAUAUUCAUUGGACUCUGUGCUUCAAGUCACAAAACGCAGCUGGAUCUGAAGUGAAACCUGCCAUCUUGAAGGAACCUGACCGACAUCGGACCUGAACCUGGGCGUGGCUUCUAAGGCUUAACGAAGUCGUGUCCAGUUUGGCGCCGAUUCUUCACGUGCUCGGUUCUGAACGUUUCUUGCAUGCGCAAACCUUUUAUUUCUUGUUUUGAGGACCUUGGGAGUAUUUGCAUUGGAUUGAUGGCAUUUCCCCAUCUUCUAGAGUGGCGAUUUUUAAAAAGUACGAGAGCCUAUUCAGUAAGUGUUUAGGGGGGGACGACACAACUGGAUGUGAUUUGACACACAACUUUUUAUUCAUGUUGUACUCCUGUCAGGACCCCGAGAUGAAAUGACCUGUGGGAAUGGAAAGGCCACCAGAAAGGGAAAUGCGGAUAAUGUUGUUUUCUAUUUUUUAAAGUAUUGUGCGUCUGGGGUGUGGCGUGGGUGCUGUGAAACGGAGAAAACAGGGGGGCUUGAAGUUCUCGUGACGUAAGAAUCAAGUGGAGAAGGAAGCAGGAAGUUCCUGCCACGGCCCACCUCCCUGGCCGUGAUGACAUUUGUAAGCAUCUCCCUUUAUUAAUAAAACAA